AAAAAUAGCUUCGCCGCUGCGGGAACCAGGGUGGCGCUGAUGCUGCGGGAGGUAGCAUCCGAGACAUAGGAGGAAGCGACAGAAGCGAAGCGGGUCCUGAGGAGCCGCAGGAGAGGCCGCGGGCGCCUCGGUCUCUUUGUCCGCAGUGCGCGCAGCUGCAGCCCCGCCUGCCUCCUCCUGUCGCCCGCCCCGGCUGCAGUCACCUCCAGCAAAUAUGCUCACCUUCUUCCUUCUGUCCGGCGGCUCCCUCUGGCUGCUCGUGGAGUUUGCCCUUUCAAUCCUGGAGAAAAUGCAAGCUCAGGAGAUCCUGAGGAGCCUGCGUCUGCCAGAGUUGGAUGAUUUCAGCCAGUUUUUGCGUAAUUUGCCAGCCACCACAUUAGUGGGAAUUGGGGCUUUUGCUGCUCUGCUGGCCUAUUGGUUUGCUAACCGGCCAAAAGCUGUUAAGCCUCCAUGUGACCUCCUGAUGCAGUCUGAAGAAGCGGAGGGCUUUGAUGGAGCUCGGAGGUCUGUGAUUGGAGGCAGCCCCAAGUUACUGAACCAUUAUUAUGAUGAUGCUAGAACCAUGUAUGAAGUCUUCAGAAGGGGACUGAACAUCUCUGGAGAUGGUCCCUGCCUUGGAUCCAGGAAGCCUAAGCAGCCAUAUCAGUGGUUGUCCUACAGGGAGGUGGCAGACAGGGCAGAGUUCCUGGGAUCAGGACUCCUUCAACAUGAAUGUAAACCAUCAACAGAGCAGUUUAUUGGUGUGUUUGCUCAGAAUCGGCCAGAGUGGAUCAUCUCAGAGCUGGCCUGCUACACCUAUUCCAUGGUGGUGGUUCCACUAUAUGACACAUUAGGCCCAGGUGCCAUUCGCUACAUUAUUAAUACAGCUGAUAUUGCCACAGUGAUUUGCGAUAGACCUGAAAAAGCCAUACUUCUCCUAGAAAAUGUGGAAAGAAAGGAAAUUCCUGGCCUGAAAUUCAUUAUUCUCAUUGAACCAUUUGAAAAGGACUUGAAAGAACGAGGGAAGAAAUGUGGUGUGGAGAUUCAGUCCAUGAAGGAAGUUGAGGAUUGUGGACGAGAGAAUCAUCAUCCUCCUGUGCCUCCUCGGCCAGAAGACCUUUCAAUCGUGUGUUUCACCAGUGGUACUACAGGGAACCCGAAAGGUGCGAUGCUCACCCAUGGGAAUGUGGUUGCUGAUUUUUCAGGCUUUCUGAAAGUCACAGAGAAAGUGAUCUUUCCGAGACAGGACGAUGUGCUCAUCUCCUUCCUGCCUCUGGCUCACAUGUUUGAAAGAGUUAUACAGAGUCAGUGGUCACCCACUUGUGAGGAUGUACACAUUUCCUAUUUGCCUUUAGCACACAUGUUUGAGAGAAUGGUACAGUCAGUAGUGUACUGCCACGGAGGGAGAGUUGGAUUCUUCCAAGGAGACAUCCGCCUUCUGUCAGAUGACAUGAAAGCUUUACAUCCCACUAUCUUUCCAGUGGUCCCCAGACUGCUAAACAGAAUGUAUGACAAGAUAUUCAGCCAAGCAAAUACUCCAUUAAAACGGUGGCUCUUGGAAUUUGCUGCAAAGCGUAAGAAGGCUGAAGUUCGAAGUGGAAUCAUUAGAAAUGAUAGCAUAUGGGAUGAGCUUUUUUUUAAUAAGAUUCAGGCUAGUCUUGGUGGGCGUGUAAGGAUGAUUGUUACUGGAGCAGCUCCUGCAUCUCCCACGGUCCUGGGUUUUCUUCGUGCAGCCUUGGGGUGUCAGGUAUAUGAAGGUUAUGGCCAAACUGAGUGUACAGCUGGGUGUACUUUCACAACCCCAGGGGACUGGACCUCAGGUCAUGUGGGUGCACCAUUACCCUGCAAUUACAUCAAACUGAUAGAUGUUGAAGAACUGAACUAUUUUGCCUCCAAAGGAGAGGGAGAGAUCUGCGUGAAAGGACCAAACGUUUUCAAGGGUUAUCUCAAAGACAAGGAGAAAACUGAUGAGGCAUUGGACAAAGAUGGCUGGCUUCACACUGGAGAUAUUGGGAAAUGGUUACCUACGGGCACUCUUAAAAUUAUUGAUCGGAAAAAGCACAUAUUUAAACUUGCUCAAGGAGAAUACAUUGCUCCAGAAAAGAUUGAAAACAUCUACAUUCGGAGUGAAGCAGUAGCUCAGACUUAUGUGCAUGGAGACAGCUUACAGGCCUUCCUGGUGGGUAUUGUUGUACCUGAUUCUGAAGUCAUGCCUAGUUGGGCAAAGAAGAGAGGAUUUGAUGGAACAUAUGCAGAACUCUGUCAAGAUAAGGAGCUGAAGCAAGCUAUAAUGGAUGAUAUGGUCAGACUAGGAAAAGAAAGUGGACUACAUUCCUUUGAACAGGUUAAAGCCAUUUACAUACACUCUGACAUGUUCUCAGUACAAAAUGGCUUGCUGACACCAACACUAAAGGCUAAGAGACGAGAACUAAGAGAUUAUUUCAAAAAACAAAUAGAAGAGCUUUACUCAACCUCUAUGUGAACUUCAAGGGCAGUUCUUAACAUAUUGGACGGUGUAGCAAUAUCCUAGUGAUGCUUGAAAGUGUGGUCAAAAUGAUGCGGUUGAAAGUGACUAAGCACCUGACCUUAUGACUGAGCCUUUUCUUGUUUGAAGAAAUCUUUAACAAUAUUUUCUUUAUCAUCAUUGAGCACCAUAUAUUUUUAUUGAACUGACAUUGUAAUAGGCUGCUAUGAAUAUGGCAUAUGGCAAUGUAAAGACAUCAAGACAUCAUCUCCUGUAUGGUAUACCACUAAAAAUUAAUAUGUGUAUAUAUAAUCUCAAUGUUCAGAGAAAUUCUAUUAAAUAUGGAGGGAAAACACAAUUGAAAUAUUCUAUGUAAUUAUUUGAAAGCUAGUCACAAGAUGGAGUGCAUACCUAGACAAUGUUGGUCUACCUCAUUUAAUAACCAGUACUCAAAAAUCAUAGUUCAGUCUGGCUUAAAAGUUUUAGAUUAACAGUUACACUAAAUCUUGUUCAAGACAGAGAACAUCUUCCAUAUUUGGCAGAACUUCAGUGUCUCUCAACAUAAUUUAGUCCUUACUGAUAUGACCAUCAACACACAUUCCAGGCCAAGGAGCAAGUCAUCAUUGUUUCAUGCUUAGUCAUAGUCAUGAGAAAAAUAUGGAACCAGCCAAGGUAAACUAUACAGGAAUUACUCAGAAAGACAAAUAUUACAAACCUAUUUCCAGGAUGAUAUUUGUAUAUUCAUGGAUGUUCAAGUGGCACAAACUCUAGGUGGUUACAUUUUCUGGCUAUCCAAAAGUUCCUCUGAGGAAAACUUGAACAAAACAGCAAAACAACCUAUUUCUCAGGAUAGUACACUGUUAAUGUAAAUAAGCUAAAAGCUAACUCCCUGCUAGAAUAUUUCAGUUAUCCAUCUGAAACUGUGAAUGCUUACCCUAGCAAGCCCAAUUAUAUGAAUAUUUCUGUAUAGCCAUAGAUAAAAUAGUAUAGAAACUAGAUAUGGCCCAUCACAAAGAAAUCUACAAAAUACUCACUUGUUUGAGACAAAAAGAGAUCUUUGGUUCCUUAUUCCUAGAAUACUAUACAAGAUUGAGUGCCAUUCCCCAAAGGUAAUAUGGUUCCAUAUCCCAUGUAGUGCUGAGUACAAAGUUCAACAACCUCCUGCAAAUUGCUACUGAAAAAAAUAGUAUGAUACAGCUUGGAGUACAGAAAUGUGUUUUUAAGACUACCCAUCUCUUAACAUCUCUGAAUGGCUUCAAAAACUAAAGAAGACUGUUUUCCUUCAUAUUACGACUACUACAUAUGUCUUUCUUUUCUGCAAUGGGAAAGAAAAUGUCCUUUACCUGGAUAUCAUCCAUUUCAUACAACAGAAACCCAGUUAUCAUGGAAAGCAAUUAAAUUAGACAACAACCAUUCUGUUUCUGGGAAGAUCAGAACUCCAAAAAAGAAGGGGCAUUAUUUUCCUAUUAGAGAUUCUGUGAUUAGAAGCCAAAGGUGCUGAAUGAUUCAACAACCAAGCAACCAGAGAUGCUCAUUUUGGUCGGAGAGGAUCCUAAUGUUUUGUAAAUAAUGUGGUCACUUAGAAACUACAUACAUGUAUGGGCUUGCUUGAUAAAUGCCUUCUGGAACAACAAUCUUACAUUUGUUUGUCAGUCUCCAACUGGAAUGGGCUAAAGCUUCGAUCUAAAAAACUAAUAUGUUUAUCUUCUCUGUCACAUACUUUAACAUGUCUCUCAAAUUCCAUUGCAUGCCUUUGCAAGUUUAAUAAAUUGAAUGAACUAGCUACAUACAGACUGACAAAUUACAUUUCUCAAUAAGAAAUACUCAAAUUGUUACAAAAAACGCAAAAAGAUUGCAUCUAUAUUGCACUGAUUUUUCUUUAUAUAUAGAAUUUGACUAAUUAAAUGAUGAAUUCAUUGUUUGACUGAUACUGAUAAUUUUAUAGCCGACUUGUUUCUUAAUUAAAUAGAAAUGAAAAAGAAGCUUUUUUCCAAUGUUCUUCCAUUGUAGUAUGAACUUCAUUAUUUACCUUUAUUUCCAAAAGAAUCUUACAAGUACAAGGAGCACAAAAGUAUUUUUGUAUAAACAAGAGAAACCCUAUUUUUAUCUGAUUCGUGCCCUAUACCUACCAACUUCGGUUAUUAGUAAAAAUGUAACUAGUUUUCUCUCACUUAAAAGGUCAACUGUUUUUUGUCUUUCCUGAAUAACAAAAAUGUUCAAAUAUAGCCAGGGAGUGAGAGAAAUUAAGCAAGUACAAGUUAAAGUGAAAUGAAUGGCAUGGAUACUUAAUAGGUUGCAUGCUACCUUGAUAAGUUCUUCUCCAUUAAUACUACCUAAUUUCUAAUGAAAAGACAAUCAAGAGAACAUUUCCUUAUAACAAAUCUUACAUUUACAAAUCAAUAUACAUUAGAUAGAAAAAAAGGUGAAUUAUUUAAAGAGGCAAGACAGAAAAAAGCCAUACUGGAAACAUUAAAACAUCCCUGAACAGAUUCAUAUUAAUUUAUUUAGUCCCAUAAAUUUCAUUAGCUGUGAUUGUGUGAAAUACAGAGUUCCUAUUUAACAAGCAGGGAUCUAUCUGGUCUUAUAAACAAGCAUGUUCAGCCUUUUAGAUUGUUCUUCAUUGAAAGUGUGCUUAUUAUUAUCAUCAUUUGCUGAAAUUUUGAAUUUCUAACAAUCUUUUACAGUACCAUAAUUACUAUUUAAUGCAAUUUGCACUAUUUCUAUUCACUUUGGCCACAAAGAGUGUCUUGUUGGUCUACAUUCAGACAUUCAGGAUGAUUCCAACAAACCAAGAAUAUGCACAUAGCAUCCCAUGUCAGUUUAUGCAAGCUGUCCUGAAAUCUGCCAUAUGCUAAAAAUCAGGAAAUAAACAGCAAAUUCCCACAACUCGAAUAAAUCACUUUGGGGGCCUAAACUUAACAGAACUGCAAAAAAAGAGAAAGAAAAAAAAACUUUUUUCAUUACAAAUGUGAAUUUUUUACAUAUAAAAUUCUUACCGGAUUAUACUACUUUUAGCAGUUCAAUGUCAACACCUUGGAUUUGAUUAUACUAUAUAUGUACAUAAUAUAUAGAAAAUAAAUGACAUUUUUUCUGCUGUGAAGAAAAAUUAACUUCCAUGUAUGUAAAGCAUACAUUUUUGGUCAUUUUGUAUUGAAUAUAAAACCCUAUAAGAAGAUGAAUGUAAAGAAAGGAAAAAAAUAAUAUUUUUGAAUGAAAAGGACCACUUAAGAACUUAUUUAUUCCUCAGGAAAAAGAACUGAUGAAGACUCUCCCAUACAAAUGAUAUCUAUCUAAGCUGGCUAUAUUUCUUUUACUUAUUUUUAUUGUAAAGUAACAUUUCUAUGGAAAUAAAAUAGGAUACUAGUUAUCCAAAGAAUUCAUCUAUUUAUAUUUCAUAGUCUUUACUAUGACAUUUCAAUCGCAACUAGCAUGGGAUUAAAGUUUAUGAAAUAAAUCAGAAAUAAGAUACUUCUGUUGCAACACCUUAGCAAUGAAAAUAAAGAAAAGGCAUGUAAGCACUUUGAAUAUGAAUCUCUGUAAUAUUGGUCCUAGUAGAAAAAGUUUUCAUGAUGGUAAUGGUGGCUUUUAAACCCUUCACUUGACUGAUUGUUUUGACUUUUCUUUUUUUUUUUUUUUUAAGAAUUUUUUUAAAGGCAUUUUCUGAAAUGUUGCUUAUCCUAAUUUUA